GGCGAUGCUCAACGAAGCAAAUCGGCGAAGUUUCCUGAGGUAGAAAAAGCUCUUUAUGAAUGGAUUCUACAACACAAAAAAUGUGUGAAUAUUAGUGGAGAAUUAAUCCAAGAAAGAUCUAGAGAAUUCAUUGGAAAGUUGCACCUUUCAGAAGCUGGGGAUGUUGGCUUUUCUCUUGGUUGGCUUUGAAAGUUCAAGUUGAGGUAUGGCAUUAAAAGAUUCCGCCGUUUCGGGGAAAGUGGAUUGGUUGAUUGGUUGAUGUGUAAGGGAGAAACUAAAUCAAUUCGCCAUGAAAGACGUUUUUAAUAUGGAUGAAACAUGAUUAUGUUUUUAGUCUAAAGCCUGAUCAUUCUCUAUCUACAAAGCAACUUGAAGGAAAGAAGUAUGAUAAAGAAAGACUUAUGAUUCUUAUUUGCUGUAACGAAGAUGGUUCCGAAAAAAUUCUUUUAUGGGUGAUCGGUAAGUAUGCUAAUCCCCGUUAUUUUAAGAAUGUGAACAUGAACAGUUUGGAUUUUCAAUAUCGAGCUAACAAACGGGCAUGGAUGACUGGAGCUCUAUUUGAAGAAUAUGUUCGAUGUUUGGAUGCAAAAAUGUACGGAAGAAAAAUUCUUUUAAUUUUGGAUGACUGUCCAUCCCAUCCAAAAACUAUUGAAGGGUUACGAAAUGUUGAAUUGUAUUUUCUGCCACCAAACACAACAUUAAAGAUCCAACCUUCUGAUGCAGGGAUGAUACGGGCUUUCAAAUUGCAUUACCGUCGUCGGUUUUAUCGUUGUCUAUUGGAAAGAUUUGCAGUGGGAGAAAUAAAACCGGAGAAGAUCAAUGUUUUGGAAGCAAUAAACCUCGCCACAUCAGCUUGGACUAAAGAUGUUCAAAGACCAACAAUUGAUGAAAACUGCUCUCGCCAUGCAAAAUUCGGAGUGUGGAAACCACCGAUGCUGAAAACAUAAAUGAGCCUAUAGAUGAAGAAUGCAUUCAAGAAUUGAUACUAUAAUUGGUGAGAUGAGGUAUAGGCAUAAAAUGGACGUGAAUUACCUCCUAGACUACCCAAAUGAAGAUGAUAGAACUGCACAGCUUUUAAGUGUUGAUGAAAUCAUCGAGAAUAUGACGGAACAAUCUCAAGAUGAAGAAUAAGAUGAUAAACAUCCUAUGAUAACAGUUCCAAGAAAAGACGCACUCCAAGCAUCAAUCACACUAUAACGGUUUUCACUGCAAUAUAAUAAUCCAACUCAAGGUCUUAUGAGUGAAUUACAAACUAUUGGGGAUGAAAUACAAUUAGAUUUGAACUUCAAAGAAAAACAGGCAACUGUUGAUUCAUAUUUUCCAAAAGUUUGAUAUGUAUAAAAAACUUUUUAAUUUUCUUAUUAGUAGUUAUUAAUUUAUAUAA